GAAUUCAAAUUAAUGCCUUUUUGGCCUAAUUGUGAUAUGUUUAAAUUUGAGAAAACUUAGUAAUUUGACUCUCACGCUAGUUUUACCUAUAAAAAACCAAUUAAAGUUAAAACUUAAAGAGUAAUGUCAGUUAGUCAAAGGUCACACGUUAUUUGUUGCGAAAUAAGAGAGCUGUCAACAUAAGAUGACACCGCCUUUGAUGACCCAUUCCAGUGAUAUAUGCCCAGAUGGCCAAAUCAAUCGGACACGUUUACUAUAAAUACAGCGCAUUGCGGUCUCCGAGGCAAUCCAAUCUGUGCAUCUGUGACGAAUCCCGAGAUGCGGAGGAGCAGCAGGGGCCCCGGCUCAGAUUCGCCAACAAACGCUGCUGGAAAGCCGCAGAUUGCAGGGUCAAAGGGACACACGAGAGGGGACAGCAACACCAAGGACCAAGGACCAAGGUUCCAGGGGACAGUAGCAGUAGUCCACCGCACUGACGAAUCACAUCAAAGUGGAACACACAUAGAUGGGCUCCGGCUCAGGGUCAGGCAUCCUGCUAACAGACAUGUCAAAUCAAGGAAAAACAACGACGACAGAGGAACAGGACCAAGGUGCCGCCAAAGGACACGAAGGAGUAGGAGUAGGAGGAGAGGAGGGAGAGAAGAAGAGGUCCCGAAAACAGCAUCGACUUACCGCAGCAAAUUCGCGCUGACUGUGCACGAACAGCGGGACACACCAUAAUAUUUUGGUUGCUCGGCAUGUAGCAACCGAUACUGAGAGUUCCCUGAGAGCCGCUGCUCGUCCUGGAGCAACAUCAGAAUGUAGCAGAGGACUCUCCGAUUCUACAUAGUUUCGGUGGAAUUCCUUGGGCCUUUAUUGAUGGGCAAUUAGCCACGGUGAGUGGCGGUUUCGAGUGAGCUGCAGGACGCUGGCUACUCCGACUGGAAAUUGGGAUUGGGAAUCGGGGAAUCAGGAAUCAGGAAUCAGGAUCCUUCGCUCGGCGGGAGCAAACCCACAGCUUCAGUGGCGGCGUCGAGAUAUCCUGCCAUGUUUCCAUUCCAUUUCUGUUUCUGUAAAUUUGUGAAAAUUAAGUCGUUCCGGUUGUGUGCCCGUUUUUAGGUGGUACUUCUGUA